AUGGGUACUAAAAUUCCGCGAGACUGGACCAAUGAUCCCGAAGAAUUAAGAGUCAACGACUGGAAUGCUGGUGGCGAUUUUGAAGAGGUGGUAGAUACCAAUGUCUUAGGGAAAGUUCGCCCUAUCAUGUGCAGCGGCAGAAAUUCCGAUGAUUUCCUGUAUAUGUUCGAGGCGGGCGGCACAUUCUAUGUCUGGGAUCAGAUCGAAGACACAAUAUGGCGUAUCUGCCAACCGAACACUGAAACUAAGAUUAUUGAGGUAAUCGGUGAACGAGGACUGAAAGGACUGGGUUUAGAUGCACUUGCCGAAGUUGAGGAGGAGGAGGAUUAA